GCCCCUGGGCACGCCAUGCGCAGCACCACACUCCUGGCUCUGCUGGCGCUGGUCCUGCUCUACCUGGUGUUGGGCGCCCUGGUCUUCCGGGCCCUGGAGCAGCCCCGGGAGCAGCAGGCCCAGAGGGAGCUGGGGGAGGCCCGAGAGAGGUUCCUGCGGACCCACCCGUGUGUGAGCGACGGGGACCUGGGGCUCCUCAUCAAGGAGGUGGCUGAUGCCCUGGGAGGGGGUGCAAACCCUGACAUCAACUCAACCAGUCACAGCAACUACUCGGCCUGGGACCUGGGCAGCGCCUUCUUUUUCUCAGGCACCAUCAUCACCACCAUCGGCUAUGGCAAUGUAGCCCUGCGCACAGAUGCCGGCCGCAUCUUCUGCAUCGUCUAUGCUCUGGUGGGGAUCCCGCUGUUCGGGUUCCUGCUGGCGGGGGUCGGGGACCGGCUGGGCUCCGCCCUGCGCCACGGCAUCGGUCACAUUGAAGCCAUCUUCCUGAGGUGGCACGUGCCCAAGGAGCUGGUGCGGGUCCUGUCGGCGGUGCUCUUCCUGCUGCUCGGCUGCCUGCUCUUCGUGGUCGCCCCCAUGUUCGCCUUCUGCUACACCGAGGGCUGGAGCGAGCUGGAAGCCAUCUUCUUCGUGGUGGUGACGCUCACCACGGUGGGGUUCGGGGACUACGUGGCCGGCGCCAACCCCCAUCACACCCACGCAGCCUAUCAGCCGCUGGUGUGGUUCUGGAUCCUGCUGGGCCUGGCCUACUUCGCCUCGGUGCUCACCACCAUCGGGAACUGGCUGCGGGUGGUGUUCCGCCACACGCGGGCCGAGAUGGGCGGCUUCACGGCCCAGGCCGCCAGCUGGACCGGCACAGUGACGGCGCGGGUGACCCAGCGAGGCGGGCCCGCCGCCCCGCCGCCGCCGGAGAAGGAGCGGCCGCUCUCGCCCCCGCCGCCUGCGCCCCCGGAGAAGGCCGAGCCGCCCGCCCCGCCCUCCCCGCCCUCCCCGCCCACAGCCUCCGCGCCCUCGGCCUCGGCGCUGGAUUACCCCAGCGAGAACCUGGCCUUCAUCGACGAGUCCUCGGACACGCAGAGCGAGCGCGGCUGCGUGGUGCCCCGCGCGCCCCGGGGUCGCCGCCGCGCCCCGCACCCCGCCAGGAAGCCCGCGCGGCCCCGCGGCCCCGGGCGCCUCCGGGACAAGGACCGGCCCGUGUAGGGCAGGACCGCGGCCCGGCUCGCAGCGGCUUCGUCCCG